UAAUAAUGCCACCUUCAGCUCUGGACCAGCUCAGCCGGCUUAAUAUCACAUAUCCAAUGCUGUUCAAGCUGACCAACAAGAACUCGGACAGAAUGACGCACUGUGGUGUGCUGGAGUUCGUGGCUGAUGAGGGAAUCUGUUACUUACCACACUGGAUGAUGCAGAAUCUCCUGCUGGAGGAAGGUGGUCUGGUCCAAGUGGAAAGUGUUAACCUUAUGGUGGCCACUUACUCAAAGUUCCAGCCGCAGAGCCCCGACUUCCUGGACAUUACAAACCCCAAGGCAGUACUGGAGAAUGCAUUGAGAAACUUCGCCUGCUUGACAACUGGCGAUGUCAUCGCUAUCAACUACAAUGAAAAGAUAUAUGAGCUACGAGUUAUGGAGACUAAGCCAGACAAAGCAGUAUCCAUCAUCGAGUGCGAUAUGAACGUGGAUUUUGAUGCUCCUUUGGGAUACAAAGAGCCUGAACGACGUCCUCAGCACCAGGAAGAACCAACAGAGGAAGAAGCAGAUCCCAGCAGUUACGCUGACAUGGACUUGGGAUUCAGGGCUUUCACUGGCUCUGGCAAUCGUUUGGAUGGUAAAACAAAAGGGAUUGAGCCCAGCCCAGUCCCUCUUGACCCAAGCGACAUCAAAAGAGGCAUUCCCAACUAUGAAUUCAAAGUUGGCAGGAUCACCUUCAUCAGGAACUCGAGGCCUGUGCCGAGGAGAUUUGUGGAUGAUGAUGACGCCUUGAAUAGAUUCAUCGCCUUCUCCGGACAAGGACAGUCACUACGCAAGAAGGGAAGAAAGCCUUGAAGGAUUUCAAGUGGAGAGAGCUAAUGUGCACAGACUCACUGUAUCUAUUGUCACCUUCAACAGCAAAGUAAAAAAAACUGGCCUUCAGAUGCAUUGGAGUUUUCUCUCUCUGUCUCUUUUGAAAUGAGAGUGUUGCUGUUGAGUUGUGAUUGGAUGUAAUUAAACCUCUGACAGUAAUAUCUUGCUCAACAGAAGCUGAGCUGUCAGUUGUAAUUUGGUGUUCACAGGUUCAGGGUGACUGAUUUGAGCCAGGGAUAAUAAAUUAUAUCACCACCAACACAAAGAAGUGAAGUAUUGUUGUAACGAUAGAUACAGAUUUUAAUUAACCUUUAACUUAGAGCAUAUCCCCCCUUUUCCAAUUGUUCCAUUUUUACAAUUCACUUUAAAUAUACUGUUAUUCAGAGUCCCAUUCUUAUAAAAAAAAAUUGGAGCAAUAAUAUCUCUAUACUUUUGUUCUUAAUUAUAAAAGAUUAAAUUUUAUGUUUGAGGGGUUUUUUUGUGCUGAAUUAUAGGAAUAAUUUGCAAAUGUUUUCCUUUUUUCCUGGUUUAUUUAUAGACAAAUAAAGGACUGUGUUUUGAAAUUAAA